AUGAAGUUGCAGUUUCUGCUGUCAUGCUGGGCGAUUUUUGUCGCCCAGAUCCGGGCGACCACAGAUGGUCUCACCGAUCUGGUUGCCUGGGACCCCUAUAGUUUGACUGUCAAUGGAAAUCGCUUGUUUGUGUACUCCGGAGAAUUUCACUAUCCCAGAUUGCCGGUUCCAGAAAUGUGGUUGGAUGUUUUUCAGAAGAUGCGCGCCCAUGGUUUGAACGCUGCUAGUUUGUAUUUCUUCUGGGAUUAUCACUCCCCAAUUAACGGAACGUAUGACUUCGAGACAGGCGCGCACAAUAUUCAGCGCUUGUUUGACUAUGCGAAAGACGCCGGAAUCUAUAUCAUCGCACGUGCCGGACCAUACUGCAACGCCGAGUUCAAUGGAGGUGGUCUUGCUCUGUACUUGAGCGACGGAAGUGGUGGCAAGUUGCGAACCAGUGACGCGACAUACCACCAGGCGUGGGCCCCUUGGAUCGAACAUAUUGGCAAAAUUAUCGCGGCCAAUUCCAUUACCAACGGUGGUCCGGUCAUCCUCAAUCAAAUUGAAAAUGAGCUUCAGGAGACAACCCAUUCUGCGACCAAUACCUUGGUCGAGUAUAUGGAGCAGAUUGAGGAAGCAUUCCGAGCUGUCGGCGUGGAUGUUCCCUUCAGCAGCAAUGAGAAAGGCCAGCGUUCUCGAAGUUGGUCCACGGACUAUGAAGAUGUUGGUGGCGCAGUCAAUGUCUAUGGUCUUGACUCGUAUCCCGGAGGCACCAGUUGUACCAAUCCUUCCACAGGAUUCACCGUCGUCCGGAACUAUUAUCAAUGGUUCCAGAACACCAGCUUCACUCAGCCCGAGUACUUUCCCGAGUUCGAAGGUGGUUGGUAUUCUCCUUGGGGUGCCGACGCUUUCUAUGACCAAUGCACGAGUGAGCUGAGCCCACAGUUUGCGGAUCUAUACUACAAGAACAACAUUGGUCAGCGAGUAACACUCCAGAACCUGUAUAUGCUGUACGGGGGCACAAACUGGGGUCACUUGGCAGCACCCGUUGUGUACACAUCAUACGAUUACAGCGCCCCUCUCAGUGAGACCAGGCAGAUUAGGGACAAGCUGAGCCAGACGAAACUCAUUGGCCUGUUCACGCGGGUAUCAUCUGGUCUCCUGGGUGUGGAAAUGGAGGGCAAUGGUACCUCUUACACAUCGACCACAUCGGCAUACACGUGGGUGCUGCGAAACCCCAACACGACUGCUGGCUUUUAUGUCGUCCAACAAGCCACCACCUCUUCCCAGACAGAUCUCACGUUCUCCUUGGACGUCACUACUUCUGCUGGGGCUUUUACCCUGCCGAACAUCAACUUGGAAGGCCGCCAGAGUAAGAUAAUAACAACGGAUUACCCACUCGGACACAGCACGCUUCUAUAUGUCUCCACUGAUAUCGCAACAUACGGAACCUUUGGAGACACGGACGUUGUGGUGCUCUAUGCGCGCGUCGGACAGACUGCCUCUUUCGCAUUCAAGAACGCCACCAAGUUGACCUUCGAGGAAUACGGCGUUCCGGUGAACUUGACCAGCAAUUCUGGAAAUCGGACUACCACAUACACGUAUACGCAAGGUAGUGGUACCAGCGUAGUCAAGUUCUCCAACGGAGCCAUCUUCUAUCUCCUGGAAACAGAGACUGCGUUCCGAUUCUGGGCAGCCCCGACCACGACAGAUCCCUAUGUCACAGCGGAGCAGCAAAUAUUUGUGCUUGGGCCGUACCUAGUACGCAGCGCCAGUCUAUCAGGGGGCGUUGUGGAGCUAAUAGGCGAUAACGAUAAUGCCACGAUAGUGGAAGUGUUCGCUGGUUCCUCCGCGACUGCAGUAACCUGGAACGGCAAGGAGGUUGCCGUAAACAAGACUGAAUACGGCAGCCUGGUCGGGUCGAUUAGUGGCGCUGAUAGCACAAUUGACCUUCCCACUCUGACUGGAUGGAAAGUUCGCGACUCCCUGCCAGAGCUUCAGUCUUCCUAUGACGACUCCAAAUGGACGGUGUGCAACAAGACGACCACGUUGAGCCCAGUCGAUCCACUGAGUCUGCCAGUUUUGUUCGCAUCCGACUAUAGCUACUACACCGGAAUCAAGAUCUAUCGCGGUCGGUUCGACGGUACUAACGUGACGGGUGCGAACCUGACGGCGCAAGGAGGCGUGGCCUUUGGUUGGAACGUCUGGCUAAACGGUGAUCUCGUUGCCACAUUUGAAGGCGAUGCUUCCGAGACAUCCUCCACCGCGGACCUUGGCUUUUCCAAUCAAACCUUGAAGGAGACGAACAAUCUUCUCACAGUCGUGAUCGAUUAUACCGGCCACGAUGAGACCUCGACUGCUGAUGGCGUGGAGAACCCUCGCGGCCUUCUUGGAGCAACGCUCAAGGGAGGUACCUUCACGAGUUGGAAGAUCCAAGGGAAUGCAGGAGGUGCCGCUGGAGCCUAUGAGCUCGACCCCGUCAGAGCACCAAUGAACGAGGGUGGCCUGCUAGCCGAGCGUCAAGGUUGGCAUCUUCCAGGGUAUCAGACCAACGAGUCUGACGGCUGGACGGAUGGAUCACCUCUGGACGGUCUCAAUAAAUCUGGAGUCGCCUUCUACCUAACCACCUUCACUCUCGAUUUCCCUGAGGAUUAUGAUGUCCCGGUCGGUGUCCAGUUCACCUCCCCAUCGACGGUCAAGCCAGUGCGCAUACAGCUUUUCGUGAACGGCUACCAAUACGGGAAAUAUGUUCCUGUGUUGGGACCGCAAACCACAUUCCCCAUCCCACCUGGUAUCAUCAACAACCGCGCCGAGAAUACUAUCGGACUUAGCUUGUGGGCGCAGACGGAUGCGGGUGCCUAUCUGGAGAACAUUGAACUGGUCAGCUAUGUUAACAACCUCGACAAGAAGCAACUCUCCGAGAUUGUCAGCAAAGCCAUCGAGAAACACCCCGAUGUCCGUGCUAUGCUGGAAGAAACCACCGAGACGAUCCGCCGACAGGAAAGCAACCGGGUGAUUCAUUUCGAUUCCGAAUCCAGGUCCGGAUGGAGAGAUCUCAACGUCACCUACCAGCGUUUGAGUGGGUCGAAGCAAUACGACGUUGCGGGUGAAGUUGAAGAAAUCAUAGCCGCCAUUGAAAAUAUUACCAGCCAGUGUGGAUCUUGUGCCAAUCCCCAGACACGCUAUAAUGGUCUCUCGAUGCUGAGCAGAAUUGGCAAAUCGAUUGCGCUCUCUCAUGGUCAAGUGGCCUGUAAGGUGCGUAAGCGAUUCCAGUGGGACCGAAUUAUGGAAGACUCGAUGAUCAGGAUCGUUAACGCCAUGGAUAUACAAGAGAGAUUGGACAUAUUUCGGGACAUUAGCACCCCGGAUGCAUUGUGGCCGAAGUUGCUGGAGCUGUUUAGGGUGGCAGAGUCAUAUUGUGUUUUCAAAAAGCUGCGAGAUGUGCUGUACCUGAUCCGGGGAAAGGAAGAUCCUGAAGGAUCGGCCGAUCCAGAUGGAUGA